AUGCAGACAGACGGCCUCACGGUGAGAAUGAGCGUCGCUUCAAUACUCCUGCAUGUAAUGAAGUCGCCGCAGUCAUCCACGGUUGUCAUAAGGUACCGGGGCGGUGGUCUGCGCCGCAUCAGUGAAACCCACUGUUCAUACGACUGUCUCCAGUACCCCUUUCUUUUUCCAUACGGAAGCGAUGGAUGUAUUUCACUUUCAUGGAAAUGUGAUGGUGAGAAAGACUGCCCUGGAGGAGAAGAUGAAGCUAACUGUGAUUACAAACUGGGUCUCUUUGAGAGAAAAUAUCCAGAAUUUAUAAUCAAAAAAGAUCCUGUUGAAAUCUACAUGUUCAUUACUUUGGAAACGUAUAAACCAAUUAAAAAAUAUUGCAACCUUUAUGAUACAAAUGAAGGUAUAAAAUCAUUCAUCCCAAAUUUUGGAACUUAUCUACUCAAAGCCGUCAGAAUCCAGCUUAUUGGUGGCUCAUUAGAAAUCAGUGGAAGAGUUGAAAUUACUCGUCAAGGAGUCAAAGGAACUGUCUGUGAUGAUGAAUUUGAUAACAACGAUGCAAAAGUAAUUUGUAGAAUGAUGGGUUACAGUUUUGGAGAAGUAAUUCCAAAUAUAUUUAGACAAGGGCAAGGUGACAUCUGGCUUGAUGACCUCAGUUGUACUGGAUCAGAAUAUGAUCUUGAAGUUUGUCCCAACCUUAAUUGGGGAGUGCAUAACUGUAAGCACAAGGAAGAUGUUGCCAUUAAAUGUUUCAAAGCAGUAAAUACAAUUGCAAGUAUAACACCAACUUUCUCGACAGACCGAAACGCCAUCAGAAUUGAACUUGUUGGUGGCUCAUUGGAAAUCAGUGGAAGAAUCGAAAUCACUCGUAGAGGAGAAAAGGGAAGUGUCUGUGACAAUGGAUUUGAUAAGAACGAGGCAAAAGUUAUUUGUAGAAUGAUGGGGCACAGUUCUGGAGAAGUAAUUCCAAAUAUAUUUGGACAGGGAAAAGGUACCAUCUGGCUUGAUAACCUCAAUUGUACUGGAUCAGAAUAUGAUAUUGAAGUUUGUCCCAAUCUUUCUUGGGGAAAGCAUAACUGUGAGCAUGAUGAGGAUGUUGCCUUGAAAUGUUUCAAAGAAGCAAAUACAAGCUUAUCAACAUCCACAAUUUCCUCAACAGACCAAAAUUCCAUAAGAAUCCAGCUGAUUGGUGGCAAAUUAGAAAUCAGUGGAAGAAUUGAAAUCACUCGUAAAGGAGUCAAGGGAACUGUCUGUGAUGACCAUUUUGAUAACAAUGAUGCAAAAGUCAUUUGUAGAAUGAUGGGAUACAGUUCUGGAAAAGUUAUUUCAAAUAUAUAUGGACAAGGGCAAGGUGUCAUCUGGCUUGAUGAUCUCAAUUGUACUGGCUCAGAAGUUGAACUUGAAAUUUGUUCCAAUCUUUCUUGGGGAACUCAUAACUGUGGACACAGUGAGGAUGUUGCCAUUAAAUGUAUCAAAGUAAAUGCAACCACAGGUAUGACACCAACUUUCUCGACAGACCAAAAUGCUGUCAGGAUCCAGCUGGUUGAUGGCCCAUCAGAAAUCAGUGGUAGAAUUGAAAUCACUCGUAGGGGAACAAUAGGAAGUAUCUGUGAUGAUGAAUUUGAUGACAAUGAUGCAAAAGUUAUUUGUAGAAUGAUGGGAUACAGUAUACCCCCAACAUCCUCUACAGACCAAAAUGUUGUCAGAAUCCAGCUUAUUGGUGGCUCAUCAGAAAUCAAUGGAAGAAUUGAAAUCACUCGUAAAGGAGUCAAAGGAACUGUCUGUGAUGACCAAUUUGAUAACAAUGAUGCAAAAGUUAUUUGUAGAAUGAUGGGAUACAGUUCUGGAGAAGUAAUUCCAAAUAUAUUUGGACAAGGGCAAGGUGUCAUCUGGCUUGAUGAUCUUAAUUGUACUGGCUCAGAAGUUGAACUUGAAAUUUGUUCCAAUCUUUCUUGGGGAAAGCAUAACUGUGGACACAAUGAGGAUGUUGCCAUUAAAUGUUUCAAUGUAGUAAAUACACUCGGAGGUAUAACUCCAACUUCCUCAGCAGAUGAAAAUGCCAUCAGAAUUCAGCUCGUUGGUGGCUCAUCAGAAAGCAGUGGGAGAAUCGAAAUUACUCGUGGAGGAACAAAAGGAAGUGUCUGUGAUGAUGAAUUUGAUGACAAUGAUGCAAAAGUUAUUUGUAGAAUGAUAGGGCACAGUACUGGUGAAGAAAUUCCAAAUAUAUUUGGAGAUGGGGAAGGUGUCAUCUGGCUUGAUGACCUCAAUUGUACUGGAUCAGAAUAUGGAGUUGAAAUUUGUCCCAAUCUUUCUUGGGGAAAGCAUAACUGUGGACAUAGUGAGGAUGUUGCCAUCAAAUGUUUCAAAAAUGCAAAUACAACCUUAUUAUCAACCACAAGUAUACCUCCAACUUCCACAACAGACCAAAAUUGUAAGUCAGCUGCUUUUCAGAUUAAUUCAUUUCUUCCUUCUGAUUUUGUUUCACUUACUUUUUCUGUUACAUCUUUUUCUCUGCAGAUGUCAGAAUCCAGCUUAUUGGUGGUUCAUCAGAAAUCAGUGGAAGAAUUGAAAUCACUCCCACCAGAAUCCAGCUCGUUAAUGGCUCAUCAGAAAUCAGUGGUAGAAUUGAAAUCACUCGUGGGGGAACAAUAG